AUGGAAACACACUGUGAACCGAAAGGCGUGUCCAGACAUAGCUGCCACAAGCCCAGAUCGUACCUACCUUCCAUAUCAGCGUUCACAAUGGAAACACACUGUGAACCGAAAGGCGUGUCCAGACAUAGCUGCCACAAGCCCAGGUGGUACCUACCUUCCAUAUCAGCGUUCACAAUGGAAACACACUGUGAACCGAAAGGCGUGUCCAGACAUAGCUGCCACAAGCCCAGGUGGUACCUACAUUUCAUAUCAGCGUUCACAAUGGAAACACACUGUGAACCGAAAGGCGUGUCCAGACAUAGCUGCCACAAGCCCAGGUGGUACCUACCUUCCAUAUCAGCGUUCACAAUGGAAACACACUGUGGACCGAAAGGCGUGUCAAGACAAAGCUGCCACAAGCCAAGGGGGUACCUACCUUCCAUAUCAGCGUUCACAAUGGAAACACACUGUGGACCGAAAGGCGUGUCCAGACAUAGCUGCCACAAGCCCAGGUGGUACCUACCUUCCAUAUCAGCGUUCACAAUGGAAACACACUGUGGACCGAAAGGCGUGUCCAGACAUAGCUGCCACAAGCCCAGGUGGUACCUACCUUCCAUAUCAGCGUUCACAAUGGAAACACACUGUGAAACGAAAGGCGUGUCCAGACAUAGCUGCCACAAGCCCAGGUGGUACCUACCUUCCAUAUCAGCGUUCACAAUGGAAACACACUGUGAACCGAAAGGCGUGUCAAGACAUAGCUGCCACAAGCCCAGGUGGUACCUACCUUCCAUAUCAGCGUUCACAAUGGAAACACACUGUGAACCGAAAGGCGUGUCCAGACAUAGCUGCCACAAGUCACGGUGGUAUCUACCUUCCAUAUCAGUGUUCACAAUGGAAACACACUGUGAACCGAAAGGCGUGUCCAGACAUAGCUGCCACAAGCCACGGUGGUAUCUACCUUCCAUAUCAGCGUUCACAAUGGAAACACACUGUGAAACGAAAGGCGUGUCCAGACAUAGCUGCCACAAGCCCAGGUGGUACCUACCUUCCAUAUCAGCGUUCACAAUGGAAACACACUGUGAACCGAAAGGCGUGUCAAGACAUAGCUGCCACAAGCCCAGGUGGUACCUACCUUCCAUAUCAGCGUUCACAAUGGAAACACACUGUGAACCGAAAGGCGUGUGCCACAAGCCCAGACAUAGCUGCCACAAGCCCAGGUGGUACCUACCUUCCAUAUCAGCGUUCACAAAGGAAACACACCGUGAAACCGAAAGGCGUGUCCAGACAUAG